GACCUUCAAAUCUGGUCAUGUGACUGCGGGGCCCGACUACAACAUCAUAAAGUAAGGAGUUUUUGUACCGUCCGGAUCCAUUUCCCUCCAAUUUAAGGACGUUUUCAGUACCGGUUCUGAAGCAAAGUCAGAACAAUGAGGUUAUCGAAGGAAUCCCUGUACGUCUUGUUUCUAUGGACCUGUUUGGAGUCGGCCACCUCCCGGAGCUGCUCUUCAUUUUUCUGCGGAAAGUCUCACCGUGUCAGCCCCCUGGGUGGUCUGGACCCCGGCUCCCCGCUCUUCCUCACUCCCUACAUCGAGAAAGGAGCCAUAGCUGAAGCCAAGAAGCUGAGUCUGGUUGGAAACCUGCCCGGAGCAAAUGUCAAGAGUUAUGCUGGAUAUCUGACCGUCAACAAGGCGUACAACAGCAACCUCUUCUUCUGGUUUGUCCCUGCCUUUAUGGCUGGUCAGGAAAAAGCACCGGUCCUGCUCUGGCUGCAAGGUGGACCCGGGGGCACAUCAAUGUUUGGACUCUUUGUGGAACACGGGCCGUAUGUGGUUUACAAGAACCUGACCAUUGGUUUAAGAAAUAUCACAUGGACAAGCAGAUAUUCAGUUUUAUACAUUGACAACCCGGUGGGAACCGGUUUCAGUUUCACCGACGAUGACAAAGGUUUUGCUCAGAAUCAGGACGAUGUUGGUAGAGAUCUCUACAGUGCUUUAACACAGUUCUUCCAGAUGUUUCCUGAGUACCAGUCUAAUGAGUUCUACGCCACUGGAGAGUCGUAUGCAGGGAAGUACGUCCCCGCCAUUUCCUAUUACAUCCACAAAAACAACCCCACUGCUAAAGUGAAGAUCAACUUUAAAGGCAUGGCGAUCGGUGAUGGACUCUGUGACCCAGAAGUGAUGUUGCAGGGUUACGGUGAGUUCCUGUAUCAAACAGGAAUGAUCGACGAUUUCCAGAAGCAGUAUGUAGACAAGCAGACAGAUUUUGGAGUCCAGCUCAUCCAGCAGCAGAAAUGGGUGGAGGCUUUUGAGGUGUUUGACAGUUUGCUGAAUGGAGACUUGAGUCCAUACCCAUCUUUCUUCCAAAAUGCCACCGGCUGCACCAACUACUUCAACUACAUGACGUGUCGGGAACCCGAGGAUCAGGAAUACUUUUCUCAGUUUGUGACCCUGCCUGCCGUGCGGCGUGCCAUCCACGUGGGGAACCUGACUUUCCAUGACGGCUCUGAGGUGGAGAAGCACCUCCUGCAGGAUGUCAUGAAGAGCAUCAAACCGUGGUUGGGGGAGCUGAUGGAUAACUACAGGGUCUUGAUGUACAGCGGGCAGCUGGAUGUAAUCGUAGCUGCUCCUUUGACUGAGAGGUUCCUGCUAACAGUCAACUGGACUGGAGCUGCAGAGUACAAAGCUGCUCCCCGCUUUCACUGGAAGCUGCAGCCCGGUGACACAGAUGUGGCGGGUUAUGUCAGACAAGUUGGAGAGUUUUACCAGGUCAUAAUCCGAGGAGGAGGACACAUUCUGCCCUACGACCAGCCAGAGAGGUCGUUCGAUAUGAUUGACAGAUUCUUGUCGACGCAGAGCUCCAAGUGACCGGAAUCAUGUUGAUCUAAAAAUAAAACUUUCUACUGAAUUAAAAAUGUUAAUUUUUUUUUUUUUUAGAAAGAAUUUUCAAACAGGAAACAUUUGAUUUUAGACUUUUAUUUUGUCUUUGGAUUUUGGUUAAAUUACUUGAAGCUCUUUCAGUCUGUCCUAAUGUCAUCACAACAAAUAAAAGCUGUUUUGAUUAAUUCAGUUCAUUCAUACUUUGGAAAGGAUACAAUUUUACACAGCAAUCUAAUUCUGAUGGGUUGAUUUUAUUUUUUUAAUAUUUUUUUAAAUUUCUCUGCAUAAACAAUUGUUUAAUCUCUGGUUUCUGUACACCAGGGGGCAGUGUUUCAAAAGAAAUGUCAAUAAAUUCAUUCCUUUUCAGAA